AAAACAAUCAGUGUAUAAACCGCUGGGCUGCAGUCUAGACGUCAUGGCGGUUACUUCUGUACUCUUAAUACUAGUCUAUCUUUUUUAUUGUGAUGCCCGGUUGCCGCUCCAAGACUACAUUGUACCAGAAGUAAAGCUGGAAGCGUUAUAUCCAAGGGGACUUAGGAUCUCUAUUCCAGACGAUGGUUACACACAGUUCUCUUUCCACGGUAAUCUCAAUAUUAAGAUGCACGGUAUCGAUAUGGGAACGGUCUGGCAAAUAGAUAAUGUCAAUUAUGAAAAUGGCAUCUGGACGCAUACCGAUUGGGUAACACAAUUGCAACUGGGCGACAAAAUCUACUAUUGGGUUUUGGUUAAGAAGAACAAUAUGCGAUACGUACAAAGCAAUAGGGAAUGGACUGUCACCGAAUUUACACAGUUAAAUGAGAGUUCCGUGGAAUCUACACCGGUGUCGUUUACCACUGGACGUACAAAACUAUCAGAGACAACAGCGGCUACAACAUGCAAGCAGUCACCAACAGCUGUGUUAGGACGCACAAGUAUAUGCAAAGGCGAUUUACUAUUCAGCGAAGAAUUCGUAGACGAGAAUAUAAGUCAAUUAUCUAAUUGGACGACUGAAGUCAUGUUUCCGCAAGGACCGAACGUAGGUCCUCAAAACAAAAGAGAAAUUAAUCUGGAACCUCGCGAUAACGCCUAUGGUAAUACCAACUACGGUUCCGGACUCAUUAGAAUAGCCUUCGCCAAAGGGAACGUAGUUUACGCCAAGAAAUUGAGCGGCGGACCAAUUAUGUACAAUUUGGAACCUUACAGAUCUUUCCAUCUGAAGAAGAAGGACGGAUUAAAUAAUUGGAACAACGAUUUUCAUAAUUACAGCUUAGUAUGGAAACCAGAUGGCAUGGAGUUUUAUGUGGACGGCGAAAUGUAUGGUACCGUAGACCCUGGUCAAGGGUUUCAUAUCAGUGCGAGUCAGAAUGGGGUCACCCAUGCUAGUCACUGGACUCAGGGAACUGUUAUGGCUCCGCUCGAUACAAUGUUCUACGUGAGCUUUGGUCUUCGUGUGGGCGGCAUCAAUGAUUUUGAAGACGUAUAUUUCAAGCCGUGGAAGAACGGAGCGCGCAAAGCCAUGCUCAACUUCUGGUUGGCGAAGAAUUAUUGGAUUGAGACCUGGUCUAACGCAGACUUGAAAAUAGAUUAUGUCAGAGUAUACGCACUUUGACACGAUUAUGACGACCUCUAACAAGAGGUAUACCAAAGUAUAGGAAAUAAAAUAAAAAAAAAAACAUACAGACGAACUGAGUUCCUC